AUGGAACCACUGGAUAUCGAGGUCGUGGACGAAGCAGAGUACCUUCGCAGCCUCGUCGCGACUGCCGCGUCCGACGCCGCGGUCCUGCGAGACCAAAUCCACCGUCGCACGCAGCUUCUAGACAAGCUCCGCAUGGCAUACAUGCGAGAUGUCGUCGUCGUGAAAGAUCGGCUAUGGAAGCACGGAAUUCGCACGGACGCGGAGCUGGCGGCGCUGCCGUCCGCCGAUUUCAAGCCCCUCUUGCCGCUGUUCAGUCCGGCCGAGAGUUUGCUGCGGGUCCGUCCGUGCACGACUUGCGGGGGCGGCGCCGACUUGAUUCAAUGCAACGACGAAGCGUGGACCAAGGCUGAAAUCGCAGCGCAAGUCGCCACCCAACAACUCGCGACCGUGAAAGCCGCCAAGGAUAAGUCGGACGGCGCGCUCGCGGCCAUGACGGACGACGCCGCGACGCUGAGUCGCAUGCUGGUCAAGGAGCAAAAGGUCACUGCGUUCCUCCAGGACGAGCAGAAACGGUUGAAAGGCAAACUGGACGCGAUGGCCGCCGCGCGAUCGACCCACCACGCCAGCAUGGAAGCCACGGUCGUGCGCCUUCAACACACUGUGGCCCAGCUUGAGACGGCCGCCACUACCGCCGACCGUACCGCCGCCACUGCGGACCAUACCGCUGCCACCGCCAAAGCCGAGCUGAAACAAUGCCAAGACGCCCAUGUCGCAGCGAUGGCGAUGGCGGCCGACGAGAUGGACUCCCAGAAGCGGGAAUGGCAGCGCAAGGUCGAUCGCUGCAACGAACGACAAGCCAAGGCCGCCGACAUGAUCCAAACCCUCCAGCGAGACAUCGAGCGGUUCGAAGCGGCUGCCGCCGCAAUGGAGACCCGCGUGGAGCUCAAGCACUUGCAAGACCUGAACGCCAUGUCUGGGAACUGGCAGCGAGAGGUGGAGGCGCAUGCGUUGACAAAGCAGAGGUCGAUGGAUGCGAUGGCGGACUUGGAGCGGCGGCUCAAGGACGCGCUGGCGGCGAUAGAACCCACACGAGCGCAACUUGCAGACACACGCCAGCAACUACUGCAACGAACACGCGAACUUGACGCGGCCACGGCGCAGUACACGGCACUGGACGAAUUGUUUCGGACGAAAACAAGAGUGUGGCAGACCACGUACGACGAAAUGGAUGGCCACUGGCGCGGCACGCUGAAAUUGGUGCAAUGUCGCGGUUUGCGAUGGCGACUGCACUUUCAAGCGCAAGUGAUGCAGUAUGCGACGUGGUGCCACUGGCUUCGGCAUGUCCUUGUCCACUCCAAGGCAUUGUGGGGCCAACAACGAGCUAAGUUGGAACAAGGGCUGGCUGACAAGCAAGUCGCAUACCGCGACUUGGAACGAUCUGUGCACGAGCUGCACGACCAGAGGCGCGAAGUGCGCGAGCUCACGCGCGCGCUGGAGGACAAAUUGCGCUCGGCCACCGAAGCCCUCAAGCAGCGCACGUUCGACCAUGCGAUGGCCAACCGCAACGUCGUGCGCGCCGAGUGCGCAAUCAGUCGGCUGGAACUGCAAGUGCAAACCCUCACAAGUGCGCUGGAGAGGCAGUGGGAGGUGAGUGGAGGCAUGCUCAUGGCCGCAGAAGAGGCGGCGACACGCCACGUCGAGGCCGGCCAUGUGUGGCAGGCCACGUAUUUGGACGCUCGGGAUGAAUGGACAGCAGCAGCCCGCGAGAUGGAGGCCAAGGCGGGGCUGCUGAUGGACGACGUCGAGUGUGCGCGGCGCCAACGGCAGGCCGCUGAAGCGAAAACCACCAAGUGUCUAGCGAGGUUGAAGGUGAUACAGUCGUGCUUGGAUGACAAGACGUUUGAAUGCAUGACGUGGCAGCAGGACAUGGCUGCCUUGAGCGCCGACAUGGUGUCGCUCCAACAAAAACUCACGUGCGAGCAUCGACGAGUGGCCAUGUACGACGACAUGGUGGACAACUUGACCAACGUACUGCGGGACCAACAACAGCGACAAGACGACAACGAACGGACGAUCCGCGCAUUACGACCCGACGAAUCGACGACCACUUCAAUGGAUUUCAAGUGGAUGGAGGCUACGUGUGCUGCCACGAGCAUUCAAAUGACGUGGCGCGGGUGGCGGGCCCAGCGGAGUCGUCCUCUGAAGAAAGGCAUCCACUUGAUGGAAGCAAACCAUGUGGUUCAAUUGACACACGACGGACGGCGCGCGCAUCUGCAGCGCCUCCGCCUCGUGCAGGCAACGCGCGCGACGGCCGCGGCGUUGGCAGACGGCGGGCUCGUGGACGUGACUUCGAUCCUGGCGCCAGAACAUGACGAGGAAGGACGAGGAGGUCGUUCAUGUAUUUCCACCCAACGACAACAGCUGGCCACCUCAUUCCAGUCGAUGUCUGGGGGACAAUGUCACACAGAACGGGCGGCGGUGGCGGCAGCCAAGACAGACAUCGCGGCGCGAAUGCUCCAAAACGCGUUGAAGUGGAUGCAAUGUCGAGUGGAACGAGCUGCGGUGUCCAUAGGGGAGCCAGGGCGGAUGGCUUUGGAGUCGCGGCUCACAGCCAGCAGCGACUCGUGGCGUUGA